AUGGCCAAGUCUCGCGACGAGAACAAGGCCGUCAUCAUCCGACGACUGCGCUCGUGCUUGGACCGCAAGACGCGCGGCGCCAGCGCCGAGGCCGACGCGCGACUGCGCGCGCAAGUCGACUUCUACGCUCGGCUGCGCAGCUCCAUCUUCGUCAACGGCGACUCGCUUGGCGUCACUGCCCUCGACGAUGUGGCCGUGGCCGUGCUGGCCGACGACACGCAGUUGCCCGCGGAGCUCGCGCGCACGGUGGUGCUGUUGCCAGCGCCCACUACGAUGGACACGGAGCCCGCGCCCGCGCACGACCUCUUCGCCGUUCAAGCCGUUCCUGCACCCGCGACCAAGCGUCCGGCCGCUCCGAGCGCUGUUGACCAGAAGGCCCCCACCGCCAAGAAGCAGCGUAAGAGCUCGCGCACCCCGCAGUACAUGUUCGACUUGCCGGACACCUGCCCCCGCGACGUUCAGCGAGACGUGGAGAAGCUGGUCAAGGCCGCCGCCAAGCAGGGCAAGACCCCGCCGCGAGCAGCGUACCCCUGGUCCGGACAACGCGCCUGGUACGACCCGGAAGCGUUUCCGGAGCUCCACCGGAUGCACUGGCGCUACUACAUGCGCCACCGUGACACGUUCUUCGACUGUGCGCUGUACGCACCAACGGACAACUCGGACGCUCGCCGCCGCGACAAGCUCAACGCGAACCAAGGCCGCCUCGUGCUGGCCGCCAAGCGUUCCGUGUCGGCCAAGGGCAAGGCCAGCUCGGCGACGGAUCUCGUCACGCUGUGGCGCCACGACCGUUCUCGCUACGACAGCCUGAUGGCUUGCAUCCUGGAUCCGUGCCGCGUCGACGAAGACUGUUACCAGAGCAUCUGUGAGCUGCUGGAGCAGACGGAGGCUUUGGACCCGACUCGUCCACCGCACCUUCGACUCAGCGACGAAGCUCUGGCUCGCAUCGCGCUCGACGCGGGCCGCAAGCCUCCCAACCCGGCCUGGAUCGGCAGUAAGAGCAGCGGCAUCUGGAAGACGCUGCUGACGAACAGCCGGAUCCGCGCGCUUCAGGUCAAGAUCGCCAAGAAGUUCAAGGAGGGCACUUACAGGGUCGUCAUGGACUUGAAGCCGUUCCAGCGCAAGGAGCAGGGCGACAACGUCUCGGACUACGCCGACGACGACGACACGUUCACCGUGCAGCCGCCGUCUCCGCCCGUCGACGAGGAGCUCGAAGACGUCGAAGAGGACGAGUCCGAGGAGAAGCCGUCCACGCCGAGCCCCACGCAGGAAGACGAUCCCGACGACCAAGAGCAGGACGACGCCGAUCAAGACGACCAAGCCGAAGACGAUGAAGGCGGCCGCAGCUCAGACCCCCACGACGCCCCCGAAGACGACAAGAAGAGCAGCUCUGGCGACGACAAGGGCGACUCGUCGGCCAAGGGCAGCUCCAAAAAGAAGAGCUCUGACUCUUCGAGCUCCAAGUAG